GGGGCACGGGCACGGGCGGCGGGAGGCCGGGAAGCGGCUACGGCGGCCCGAUUGUUACCGCACAAGGCUGUCAGCCGCCGUCGACCCCCGGCCUCCAGCUCCCGCCUGCGCUCUCGAGCCCACCGCUUCCUGGGAGCCCUCCAGGACUGCUACUCCCGCGAACCUGCCGCCGCGACUGGUCGGGAGAUGACAGUCUGUCUGCAAUCACCUUUGACUCUGAUUUGGAGCUGAAGACAAAGUGGAAAGGUUUGCACAGACCUCCUCCCACAUCACCAAAGUCACCUUAUUAUUCUAAACCAAGGAAAGUGGCAUCGUGGAAUAGAUCUGUCAGGACCUCUGGGAGUAUGCCGCUGAGCUGCAGGAUGUCCUUAACCCCACAGAAGCUGUGGCUGGGAACUUCAAAGCAAGGUCACGUCCCUGGAACUGCUGUCUACAGAGAGAAAGAAGACAUGUAUGAUGAGAUUAUUGAGUUGAAGAAGUUAUUACACACACAGAAAAGUGACGUGGAUCUAAUGAGAACAAAACUCCGACGCAUGGAAGAGGAAAAUAAUAGAAAGGACCGGCAGAUAGAACAGCUCUUAGAUCCAGGCCGAGGCCCGGAUUUUGUUCGCACGCUGGCAGAGAAAAGGCCUGACACUGGCUGGGUCAUCAACGGGCUGAGACAAAGGAUCUUCCGGCUAGAGCAGCAGUGCAAGGAGAAGGACAGUGCCAUCAACAAACUGCAGACGGACGUGAAGACCACCAACCUGGAGGAGAUGAGGAUUGCCAUGGAGACCUACUAUGAGGAGAUCCAUCGUCUCCAGGCGCUCUUGGCAAGUUCAGAAGCCACAGGAAAGAAGUAUGCUCCUGUUUGGCCUCCACUGGUGGAGAAGAAGGUGGGUGUGAGGAGGCAGAAGAAGAUGAGCAGUGCCCUCCUGAACCUGUCCCGAAGUGUUCAGGAGCUGACCGAAGAGAACCAGAGCUUGAAGGAGGACCUGGACCGUGUACUCAGCAACUCCCCGACCAUCACCAGAGUGAAGGGUUACUUGGACUGGAGCAAGCCCCGGCUGCUGAGACGCAUUGCAGAGCUGGAAAAGAAACUAAAUUCAGUGGCAAGCUCAAAAUCGUACACUUCAGAGCUGGUCAAGUCAAAUCCCAAUGGCCCGGCUCCCAAGCAACUGGGAAGGGAUGGGCAGGAGGAACAGGAGCACCUUCAGGGGACAGUGAAGAGCCUGAGGGAAGAGCGGAGCAAGCUACAGGCCCAGCUGUUGGAAAAAGAUAAAGAAGUGAGGCAGUUGCUGCAGGCCAAAGCUGAGCUGGAGAAGGAGCUGGAGAGUGCAAGGGAAGCUCAGAAGGAGCAUCAGGAACAAGAGCAGGCCUUGAAACAGGAAAUCCAAACACUUAUCAGCAAGUGCCAAGAGCUAGAAGAAUCCAAGAAAGAAGAGAAGGUUGCAAGCAGUUGUUCCCUAGAGGCUCAUGGAGCACGCUGCACGCCCCCUCCAGGCAGCAUAGCCUCUCAGCGGGACUCCAAUUCCAAGGAAGAAGGCAGCUCCUGGUCACCCACCAGCACUGACAGGAGGAGAGAGGCAGCUGCCAGGACCCUACAGGCCCACUGGAAGGCCCGGGCGCUUGCGAAAAAAAAGGCUGCCAUGGAUGAGGUGGCCGUCGUGCUCCAGGCAGCUUUCAGGGGACAUCUAACGCGAGCCAAGCUGUUAGCAAGCAGAGCACAUGGUCUAGAACCACCCAGCCGACCAGGUUGCCCCGACCAGGGUUCCCCUACACCGUUUGUCCUGAGCCCUAUCACCCAGUCCAAGGGCAGCCCAGAGCAGGAGGAAGCUGUCACCUUCAUCCAGUCUGUCCUCCGGGCACACCUGGCCAGGGCCAGGCACAGCACCACCAGCAGAACCACUGGCACCAGGUCCAGCAGAGCGACCACUGCCACCGCUGAAACCUCUCCACCCUGCCUCGAAGCUUCUCCUGGUAAGGAGGACAGCGAAGCCAGUGAUGGGAUGGCUGCAGAGGACAAGCCAGGGGAAUCAGCUGGCCUGCAGCUCCACUCUGCAGAGCCCUAUCCCUUGGGGCUGCAGCCCACAGUAGCCCUACCUGUGGAUGAUGUCUACUCCGAUGACUCUGAUGACAUUGUCAUUAUGCCAGCUCUGCCCACAAAGAAGAGUCCCUCCCCAUUCUAGACCCCUAAUCGCUAUCUCCAAGUGAUGCUCACCAGGGGAAAGAAUAGAGCCGCUCUAGAGGACGUGAUAACCAAACUGGAACCCUCAUGUCUUACUGGGGAAGACCCAUCCCUCCUGAACACCUUGGCUUGGCUUUGCUUGUCCAUCUGAGAAGUCCUGGUGGCCUUUCACCCUCUGGGGGAGGCCACUCUCUUGCAUCACUCUGUCCUGUCGUCUCCAGUCCAUGUGGCUUUUAGGGACAACAAACACAUCUGCCAUGACCCAGGGGCAGCUGGAGAGCUCUAGAGACGUGAUCUUCCAGCAAUGUAUUGUUGACCUUGACCUGUGAGGAGACCCUGUUCAGGAGCCAGCGGGGCACUGAGUCCUCACCCUGUGACACCAUGGCCACCAGGGCUGAGCUCACCCAGUGGCCUAACAGAAGCACUGUCCCCACAGCCACCCUUCCCAGGGAGGGGUUCGGUGGGAUUGGUCGCUGGAGGAUCCAACACUGCCAAGCCCGGGCAGUGACCAAAGAGCAAUGGCACAUGAUCCCCUGGCCCAGUGCAGGUGCCAUAACCUCCAGGGUCAACCUGGGUAGGGCUGGGAGUUGGGUGAGAGGAGGCAGGCUGGAGUCUCAAGGUGGGUCUGCAUUCCACUGUGGGGCAAGGAGCAGCACUGCAACCCUCAGUGUGCUAAGGCCGCUGUGGGCAUGCUGGCCCCUUCAGCAGCAGCAUCCCAGGCAACUGUGCAGCACCUUUGAAGACCCACAGCUUCAGUCUGUCCCUUGUCCUGCCAUGAGGUGAACCCCAGAUGGGCCAAGAUGAAGGGCUCCGGCUUGAGCAGAGUUUCAGCAUGUCCAGGUGCAGGAACAACCUAAGCAUCCUUGGUAGAAUCCUGUGGGAGUGCAGCCUCAGCCCAGCACUUGAGGUACAGGACUUCUCCCCAACAUCAGCCGUCGUCCAAGGAGAGAGCCCCUUCAGGACCAUUCAACCCCUCCAGAGCCUCCUCCCCCAGCACCCCUAAGCCUCUUCACAGCAGCCUUCCUAUGUGCAGCAUGGGGCAGCCUGAGCUGGCACAAGGGUUGCUGCCCAGCCCCUCUCCACCCAGCCCCAUGGUGGGCAGAAUAACUGCAGACCCCUGGCAGGUUUGAUUUCCAUACUGGGUCUGUGGCUGCCCCCAUUAAUUUUCUCCUCCCUACUAAACUGACUGGGUUGUGUGUAUCUGAGGGGCCCUCUGUACCAGCCUUCCUUUCACUCCUUGCGUCUGCUCGCUGGUGAUUCACACCAUCUGUCAGGGCCGCCCACUAAAGCACAAGAGGAUGGUACAGGUGACCCCUGUCUCUGUACACUGGCCAGGGUAGUCCUUGGAUCUGUGACUCGCCACUAGCAGAAGGCAUUUCUGUGUUACAGUUCAUCAGAACUGCAGCCCGAGUUCUAGGUUGAGGGAAGAUGGGGUGGGGACAUUCCUGCCUCAGGCCAGCCAAGCACGUCAGCCUCAGGAGAGGCUACAGAGCACAAAGCAGGACUUCAGCUUGGGCAGUGUCUGUACAUCAAGGCUAUUCUCUGCACAUGGUGACCUACCAGUAUGUAGAGCUGAAGACAAGAUCCAUAUUGAUCCCUGGACUUGAGUUUUCCAAGAAAAUACCCAAGAAUUGUAAAUAUGUACAUUUUUUCCUGCCUGCCUCUUUUGAUGGGACAUUGCUCAUCUAUUAAAAGAAACAUUCUGUCUUGAA